AUGUUCCGAGUGUUUGUUGAAAUGGGAAAGAAAAGAGAAGCGGUAUCUGCGUGCGAGAAACUGACAGCUAACCCAGUAGUUGUUCAUGAUGCAAUUCACAGGGAACCUCCUUCCAGUAUCACAUACCUUAUCGAAGCCUGCCAUCGCGAGUUGUUGUCUCUUUUGAGUGAUGAAGACCGAAAGCAACUUCAGAAUUGUGAACUUCCGUUAUCUCCAGCAAGUAUUUUCAAAUUGUAUUACAUGCUUAACGAAUACACCUUGGCACUGAAAUACUACACGAACGAGACACAAUCACCCGACUUGAGCGAAAUGAAAAUUUCAUGCUUGCGCUUAGCUGGAAAUGAAUUAGUGGAAAUGGGUAGAGGAGAUGAAUCAGAUACAUACUUCACGCAAUUUCUUGCAAUGCUUCAAACUAAAGAGGGAUUUCUGGACAAGCCCUUCCAUGCUCAAUGCGCAACCCUUGCACGAUAUUCUUCUGCAAAUCAAUAUUACAUUUUCCGCUCGUUGGGACGGAUAAUGGAACACGAAAGAGGGAAUCUUGAUGGUGCAACUCAGUGUUAUGAACGAUGCCUUAAACUGGAUGCGGAUUUGAGCCUUGACCAAGACCUUGUGGCAACCCUGAAUGAGCUUUAUCGAUCAAAAGCGUUAACAGGUGAUAUAGAAAACCAAGAUUCCUGCGAACGGCUGAUGAGCCAUGAUUUAGAUUUGUUCCAGGAGCUGUUUCAAGAGUUUGCCGAAUUGUCAAUAUUUGAAGAAUGGUCGUUUGCGUCAAGUUUGUUAGAAUUGGAAUGUUAUCAUGAAGCUGUUGAACAUUUUGAAAAUGUUAUUAAAAGAGCAGGUGACGAACCUAUGGUCUAUACGGACGUAGACAAGCCGUCGAUCGACGUUUACCUUCGUCGUGAGAUUGAAACUAGUGGCAGUAUUACCAUCACAGUGAAAGUCCACGCUUUCUACGAGUUAAUUUUAACUUAUAUGAAAUUGAAUGAAGUGGGAAAAGCCCAAGAAGUUGCGCUUGGAUUGGAGAAUUAUGUUGAACGCUUUCAAUUAACUCCAGAGUAUUCUCUGGCUCUUUCUACUCUAGGAUAUGCCAACAAACUAAUUGGAAACAAACAAAAAGCCGCGGAGAUAUUUGUUUCGGUACUGGAAAUCAACCCGGGGCAUUUACCGGUCACAGAAGCAUUGGAAAGCCUCUGUGUGUGA